GUGUCUUUUGGUCUUGCCGUGGUGCUGUGAAAGCCGGCUGUGUCAACCUCUCCAGCCUCCAGGUCGCUCGGAUUAGAGAUGCAGACGCCACACUGCAGGGCCCCCAAUCUCCUGCUCAUCCUCCUGGGCCCCACACUGUUGGCUGUGGGCCGGGCCGCCAUGGAGAGCCAAGCAGCGCUGUACGAACUUGAGAGGGAACCGGCGUAUUGGGAUGCUCAGGCCAGGGCAACACUGGAUGCUGCGCUGAAGCUCCGCCCUCGGGAGCACCAGGCCAAGAACAUCAUCCUGUUCCUCGGCGACGGGAUGGGUGUGUCCACGGUGUCGGCAGCUCGAAUUCUACGAGGUCAGAUGGAAGGCGGAUCAGGGGAGGAGACAAUGCUGGCCAUGGACACUUUCCCGUAUGUGGCCCUGUCAAAGACCUACAGUGUGGAUAAGCAGGUGGCAGACAGCGCCAGCACAGCUACAGCCUACCACUGUGGGGUGAAGGCCAACGCCAAGACAGUGGGGCUCAGUGCUAAAGCAGUGGCGUACGAAUGUAACACCACCUUUGGUAACGAGGUGUACUCAGUACUACGGCGUGCUAAAGCACAAGGUAAAUCUGUUGGUAUAGUGACCACCACCCGCGUCCAGCAUGCCUCCCCGGCCGCUGCUUAUGCCCACUCUGUCAGCCGCAGUUGGUACAGUGAUGCAGAUCUUCCUCCCAGUGCUCACCGGCAGGGCUGCGUCGACAUUGCAACCCAACUGGUCACCAAUGUUGACAUUGAUGUGAUUCUGGGAGGAGGGAGGAUGUACAUGACACCAAGAGGGACCCCAGACCCCGAGUACCCAACCUCCAACUCUCGCAAGGGGGACCGCAAAGACAAGAGGAACCUCAUUAACAUGUGGCUGAAGGCUAAACCUAACAAGAAGUCACACUAUGUUUGGCACAGGAAGGAGUUUGACGAGAUAAAUGUUAAAGCUACUGACCGGCUCAUGGGUCUGUUCGAGCCAAAGGACAUGCGAUUUGAGGUUUUCCGGAACAGCACACGCGACCCCUCCAUUGUGGAGAUGACAGAGAAGGCCAUACAAAUCCUCAGCAAGAAUCCCAAAGGAUACUUCCUGUUUGUGGAAGGAGGGAGAAUUGAUCAUGGCCACCAUGACGGCAUCGCCAAACUGGCACUGACAGAAGCUGUGAUGUUCGACCGAGCCAUCCAGCGUGCCGCACAGCUAACCAGAGAAUCCGACACUCUCACUGUGGUCACAGCUGACCACUCCCACGUCUUCACGUUCGGUGGUAACACACCUCGAGGGAAUCCCAUCUUCGGUCUGGCACCAAAGAAAGCCGAUGACAAAAUGCCUUUCACCAGCAUCCUGUAUGCCAACGGCCCUGGUUACGUCCAUAUAAACGGAACCAGAGGCAACAUCUCAAUGGUGGAUUAUUACGACGAGGAGUACAUGCAGCAGGCUGCUGUCCCAUUGGAUGCCGAGACUCACGGCGGGGAGGAUGUGGCCAUCUACGCCAAAGGCCCAAUGGCUCACCUGUUCCAUGGGGUGAAGGAGCAGAACUACGUGGCGCACGUCAUGGCAUACGCUGCCUGCUUAGAACCCUACACAUACUGCCCUCCUUGCCCCCACAGCCACACCUCAAGCGGGUGUGUGAACACAACGUCGAGCCUCCUGUUUGGCCUGCUUAUCCUCCUCUGGUUACUUAGAUGACCCUGAAAACACAUACACACACACACACUAAUACGCACACACACGUACAUUGUAUGCAUGCAGCAAUACAGACACUUAAUGCACUCAACAUUCAUUAACUACAGGCACACACUUUAACGGUACGCACACAGGUUGGCAAGUCAGACCGCAGGGAUUAACACACACAUUACUGUAUGUUAAAUAUACCCACAUACAUGCUGAUAACUCAGUGUGCACUCAUAUGAGCUUGUAACCUAGAUUGCAUCCAAAAUCCAGGCUUAAACAUGCACGUAGUGGCGCUUAUUUAGGUACAAACUAACAAACAGGAAGGCAUUCACAUGCGCACCGCUUUUUAAGAAACACUGCUGCCAUUGUAGCGCCAUCUGCUUUUUCUUCACAGGGACUUUUUCAAACCUGUACCUACAACAUGACUACUAACAUGCACUAACUAGUUCUUUCAUUAGUUAGUUAGAUUUUUAUUAUCCUCCCCCUGUUUUCCAAAGUUAAAUACAAACUCUGCUACCAUGCCGCUCACUCAGAGCAAUCAGUCAUUUGCAAGAAGUUGUAAUAAGUACUGACACAUUAAUCCGAGGCUGCACCCAGAUUAACUUGAAAGAAACAAGCAGGCUGAGGGCUCAAUGUUCAGCUUGUGGACAUUUAGACGGGACACACAGCUGUUGAUGUACAUGAUCGUCAUUGUCCACAUGGAAUGAAUGACCAGACGGUACCAGAACUAUGAGCCACCGUGCCAUGCCAAAACUGCGACACCAACAGACCUUACAAGAACUCAUCAACAUGCUGUACCUCCUUCAGGAAUGAAAAUAUGUAGCUUUUAAGGUUUUGUUUUUUGUAUCUUGACCUCAUUGGCUCCAAAUAGUAAAUCUGUUUUCUGUCAGAUCACUUGAUAUGUAAUCUAUUUGGAUUGUACAUGAAUGUAUUUUAUUAGCAAAUAUUUUGUCAAUGUAUUUUUAUACCGUGUUUUUGCAAAUGUUACGUAAACAAUGAUGA